UGUGUGCGUGUUCUGCAGACCCGCGGGAGCAGCUGAAGCAGUGGAGAUGGAUGCGUGCGGCGCUCAGGACUCCUCCUCCUCCUCUUCCUCCUCCUCCUCCUUCGGUCUGCGUGUGUGUGUUCAGGGUGUGUGUGGGGGGCCGGUGCUGCUGCUGACCCCUGAGGGCCCCAGGGCCCCGUGUGCUCCAGAUUACCCUCAUGUGUUCCUGUCGGAGCCGCGGCGGCCGGAGCCCGUGUCCAGCAUGAGCGGCAGCGCCUCCAGUGCCCGGGCCCCUUACAGCUCUCUGAGGACCUCCAGGACCCCGCCGCUCCUGAACCACCAGCGGGACCCGGGGAUCCUGCUCCCGUUAGACCCCUGUGGCCCCGGCUGGUCCAGCACCCCUUCCUCUCCGCUGAUGGUGAAGAGGGCCCAGAUCCUACUGCCCGGGGCCCCACACCCUGACCUGAGGGUGGAGAACCUGCCCUUCCGGCCCUCACACAUCAUCUGCAGACCUGCAGCCGGAGGGCCCCAGCGCAGGGCCCGGAGCCUGGAGCCCAGAGCAGCAGAGGUCACAGGGGUCAGACCCGCACCACUGAGGUCAGAGGUCAAGGAGGAGGUCACAGGGGUCAGACCCACAACACUGAGGUCAGAGGUCAAGGACGAGGUCACAGGGGUCAGACGUGCAUCAUUGAAGUCAGAGGUCAAGGACGAGGUCACAGGGGUCAGACCCACAACACUGAGGUCAGAGGUCAAGGGGGAGGAGCAGUCUGACCCUGCCAGAGACACUCAGGCCACUCCAGAUCUCCUGCAGGGACAGGUCUCAGGUCAGCUGGAUGAGGACUCUGCUGAACCGCUGAUCCGCCUCCUCAGGGCCGGGUCCAGUGAGAGUGAGGCUGUGAUCAGGCGGCGGGUGGAGCUGCUGAUGGAGCAGAUGGACAUGGUGAAGCUCAGCACGCUGGAGGAGUGUGCAGGCCCUCUGGUGCAGCUGAAGGCUCUACAGGACAGCAGGGCGGCGCUGGAGGUUCAGGUGCUCCACUUACAGCAGCAGCUGGAGGCAGAGGUGAAGUCUCCGCCUGUGUCUGUAGCUCUGCUGUUAAAGCGCAUCUAUACUCCGCAGAUCAGCGAUUGA